AUGUCAGUUGUAUUAUUCCAGGUUAUUGGAGAGACAGCAUUAAUGAAGGCUGCCAGGUUAGGACGCCUGGAGGUCUGUAGACUCCUCAUUGAUAGAGGAUGUAAGAUCGACAUCACAAGGGGUUGGGGACAGACAGCAUUAAUGUUGGCUGUCGAGGGAGGACACCUGGAGAUCUGUAAACUCCUCAUUGAUAGAGGAUGUAAGAUUGACACCACAACAAAGUAUGUUGGAGAGACAGCAUUAAUGAGGGCUGCCGAGGGAGGACACCUGGAGAUCUGUCGACUUAUCAUUGAUAGAGGAUGUAAGAUCGACAUCACAAGGAUCAGUGGAUACACAGCUUUACAUUAUGCUGCUAAGAAGGGACAUCUACAGAUCACAAGAUAUCUUGUAGAACAAGGUGCCAGUCCCUUGGUUAAAUCACUUGAGGGUAAGACUCCUUACGAUCUAGCAGCAGCAGAACGAAAGGGGCAGUAUAAAGAAGUGAUGGAAUACUUACAGACUGUCAUGUCAGAGAAAUCUCCAGGUGUGACUGCUGGUCAAGGGAUAGAAGAUGAAGUCCCAACUGAAAUAAAGUUAAUGACUGACAAAAGAUCUGUCGAAUUGUACCUUAAAUUACUUGAGUCAGGCUCUGAGAAAAAGAGAGACAUACGUUUAGUAGUAGUUGGAAAAAAAGGUGCAGGAAAGACUUCAUUGAUUAAAAGAUUGUUUGGUGAAGAUAAUACAGAUGUUACUAGUACAAAUGGAAUAGAAAUUCAUAAAAUAAAAUGCAAAGCAAUGUCUGAUGAUGGAAUAUGGAAUAAAUUAGAUGGAAACUAUGACGGAACUGAAAUUCAUGCAAGACUAUUGAAGGAAUAUGAGGUAAAACUUCAGGACAAAGGAACAAUAGAAGAACCAGUAGAAUCCCACAUUGCCAUUAAGGACAACACACCAGCAACAAGUUUUGAGGAAUCAAAGAAAUCAGGGACAGUAUAUCAGCAGCCUAAAAUAAUGACACCUCUCGUAACCACUGAAUCUCAAGUUGAACCUCCAGUAACCUCGCAGCAACAACACCAAUUAUUAGAACAGGCAAAAAAGGAUAUUGAAACCAUGCUUAGAUCUAAUGUAGAUUUACAUGACAAAGAGGAUUAUGCCACAUUAUUUUUGUGGGAUUUUGCAGGAGAUGAAGAAUUCUACCACACACAUCAAACCUUUUUAUCCCCAGAUGCAAUUUAUCUUGUUGUUACAAAACUCAAUGAGGCUGGCGACAAACAAGCACAAGAUUUAUUCCAAUUGUGGAUGGAUUCAAUACAUUGUUACAGUAGACUGGAAGAGGAUGGACAUAAAUCUGAUGUCAACAAGAGAAUAUCAGAUGAUCUUGAUCCACCGAUAGUUAUUGUUGGCACUUGGAAAGAUGCUUUGAUCUCUGAUGUACAAGAGAUUAAUGAGGCAUGUAGUGAAAGUAUUUUUAAGUAUACAGAGAAUAUGUCAGAAGAUGAACUAAGACAUAUAAGGCAAGAAUACUUUAUCUCCAACACAGAAGAUGAUCCUAGUGUAUUCCAGCAAAUCCGAGAAAACAUCCUUAACUUAGCCAGAAAAAUGAAAACAUGGAACAAAGAUUAUCCUUUAAAAUUCAUUCAGCUUGAAACACGACUUCAAGAAAAGAAGAAGGAGUUACCUAUUAUAUCUUUUCAGGAAAUUCAAAAUAUCGCUAGUGAUACACCUAAGCCACUAAAUGAUGAAGAACUCAGAUUGUUCCUGGAAUUUCACCAUGAGAUCAGAGCUUUAGUUUAUUUCAAAGAUCUCCCUUCUUAUAUUAUUUUAGAUACACAGUGGUUAUCUGACGCUUUUAGAUAUAUAGUUACUGCAAAGAAAUUUAGCGCCAUUAGUAUCAAAAAUAGAAAAAAAUGGGAUGAAUUGUACAGUAGAGGCAAAUUACAUAGUGAGGUUUUAGAAGAUAUAUUUAAAAAAAGGGAUAAUAUGUUUUCCAAACACAAGGACCAUAUUCUGAACGUAAUGGAGAGAUUUGAUAUCAUUAUACGUCCAAACAUGUCAGAGACUGCUGACGAGAAGCCUUGUUACUAUGUACCUUGCCUGAUUAAAAUAGAAUCGCACUGUGACAUUUAUGAAACAUUUAAUGUGACACACUGUACCUGUAAAAAAUCAACUUGGUUAUGUUUCAAAUUUAGAUUCAAGCCACCACAUCUAAUAAACCAUUUGAUCGCUUCACUGAGCCGGAAGUAUGAAAUUACAGAAGUGGUUGUUCCAAAUCAAAAGAAAAAGUCAGUUGCUCUUUUCGGAGGUAUUGCAGUCUUUGAAUUACAGAAGAAAACACAUUUAAGAAAAUUGCUUGUAAUGACAUUUCCAAAUUUUAUUCAGGUUCAGGUUUUGGAAUUCGGGAAAGAUUCAUUCAUCAAGAGAGGUUUGUACAAAGACAUUGGUGACUUCGUGACAGAUGAGUUAGAUAAGAUAAUACAUACACGAUACAAGAUGUCCAAUGUAGAAUUCCAGAAAAAAUUUGAAUGUGGCCAUACAAAACCUGAAUUAGUUACAGGAUCCAAUGAAUUCAGUGAGGAGCAGAUUACAGAAUAUCACUGCGGAACAUGUAAUACACCCCACACAUUCGAUGGCGAAUGGUCAGAGAUAGAAAGUAAAGCGCUGUCAGAUAAGUAUGAGAAGAAACCGGGAGAGAGAGGACUUGCCCUGAUUGUUAACUUCAUGUUCCAUGGUGGGACAACUGAGAGAAAAGGUUCUGAUGUGGAUUGCAAGAAUCUCACAGAUUUCUUUAGAGAAGAACUAAAGUAUCAGGUUGAAUGUACAACAAGAGAUAUGACAAAGUUGGAGUUACAGGAUUAUUUCCAAGAAAUCGCCAGAACAUACUUAACAGAGAAGUCAAAGGAUUAUCAUUCCUUUAUCUGUGUAAUUAUGAGUCAUGGAAAUGAGAAAGGAAUUCUUACAACAAAUGGAGAAAUCACAGUCGAAGAAAUAAAAAAGCCAUUCAAAAACAAAGAUGGAGGCCAAUUUAAUGGUAAACCAAAAGUAUUCAUUAUUCAAGCCUGUCGUGGAAUAGAAAAGCAGGAAAAGGUUGUGGUGUCUGAUUGUUUUGAAACUGAAAUCCAUACUGGACAUAUUGGAAGGUAUGAUGAAUUUCCUGGAAACAGGCAAAUAAGAAGUUCUGAUGAGACCUCUGUUAUUAAACCAGGAAUUUUAGAUCAGCCAUCUGCCUCAUCAGAAGUUUUCUCGACUGAUGCUCCAGAAAAUGUUCCAACAGAUGCUGACAUUAUAGUAGCAUUUGCAACAACACCAGGAUAUAUAUCAAUUAGAAAUAUAUAUGAAGGAGCAUUUUUCAUUAGAGCUUUCUUGUCUGUUGCCAAGAAUAAAUACAUUGAGGAACAUAUCGAGAAGAUAUUAAGAAAUGUGAGAAGAGAAUUAGCUACGAAUCCAGAAUAUGCACCACAAUCUGGAAGCUUGGCACGAACAUGUCAGAUGGCUCAAGUAGAGACUACAUUUACAAAGAAAUUUUUCUUGUAAUAACAGUUCAAUAAAACUUAUUUGGGAGGAAAAUUGUUAUCAAACCAUUAAUGACCAGUAUGAUGAACUAAGUAUAUAUUUUCCAAAGUUCAAGGAUGUAUGCAACUGAUUUAAAGUCCUAUUUUUUUUUAUGAAUAAAUAAAACCUUUUUGUUUAUUCAUCAAACAUUGAAAAUAAUUUAUCAAACAUAUUCAUAAGGUCCAGUUUUAUUUUCUUUCCUUUCGCCAUAAGUGGUGUUAUUAUGAAAAAACAAACUUUUUUGAGCAAUAGUUCAUUUAUUUGUUUUGUUCUGCAUUAAAUGUUCUUUUGUAAGUCCGUCCGUCUUCGUCCAUCCGUCCUGCUUCAGGUUAAAGCUUUUAAUCAAGGUAGUUAUUGAUGAAGUUGAAUUCCAAUCAACUUUAAAAUUAGUACACACGUCAACUAUUAUAUGAUCUUUCUAAUUGUAAUGCCAAAAAGAGUUUUGACCCCCAAUUUCACAGUCCACUGAACAUGGAAAAUGAUUGUGCAAGUGGAAGAUCCGUGUACUUUGGGCACAUUCUUUUUUUUUAAUCUUUUUUAUAUACAGUAUUUUCAUCAUUUAAGAAUUAAUCAUUAUUGUUGAUACAUGUUUUUGGUUUGUAUCGAACUUUUCAUUAACAAAUGGAUGAGACGUUCAGAUCAUAGCGCUAUCAUUGUACAUAUCAUUGAGAUAUUUUAGCACACUCGUUGUACAUAUCAUUGAGA